AUGGCAGCCUCAAACUCAUCAAUGCCUCUUCUGGCAGCUCUGCAAUGCUCGCGACACGCUCCGCUGCGCCUCUCACGAGCCCAAUGCCUGUCCAAACCAGCCUCAGCCUCUCGAUUCUACUCGGCAGAUGCUGAUGCCCCCCCGCCGCUGCUCCAGAAGCUCAAAGGCGAGCUCAAGACCGCCAUGCGAGCCAAAGACGCCCCGAGGCUGUCUGUGCUCCGAUCCAUCAUGUCCGCAAACCUCAAUGCCUCCAAGACCAGCUCGCCGAUCCGCACGGACGUCCAGCUGGUUGCCCUGAUCCGCAAGCUGCAGAAGAGCGCGCAGGAUGCCGUUGCGGAUGCUCAGGCAGCCGGCCGAGACGAUCUGGUGGAGAAGGAGAACCAGCAGAUAUCCAUCUUGGACGAGUACGUUGCGGGAAGCGGCGUGCAGAGCCUGGGAGAGGCCGAAAUCAAGGCUCUGAUCAACGAGGCUAUCGAGGCUGCCAAGGGCGCGGGCACAGCUGGCAAGUCUCUCAUGGGAGACGUGAUGAAGCGAGUCAAUGCUGCUUUGGAGGGCAAAGACGUGGACAAGAACUCCGGUUCCAAGUUCGAAGAGGAAAUCGGAUACUCCCGAGCCGUCAUUGUUGACGACUGGGUCUUUGUGUCGGGAACCACUGGAUACAACUAUGACACCGGCAAGAUCUCUGAAGAUGUCUACGAACAAACUGAGCAGACAAUGGCCAAUAUCGACAAAGCAUUGAGAGAGGCUGGUUCUUCCGUGUCUGAAGUUGUUCGCGUGCGGUAUAUUCUUCCGAACCGCAACGACUUCCCUUCCAUCAAGCCGGUACUGAGAAAAUGGUUUGGCGACGUGCGGCCUGCGGCGACAAUGGUACAAGCCGAGCUUAUGCUUGAUGAGAUGAAGAUUGAAAUCGAGGUGACGGCCAAGAAGGGAGCCGGAGCGACGAGCUAG